AUGGACUCGACAAAUAUUAAACAGGGGCUAAGCAACGAGAACAGCGGUGUCCCCGACACAACGCUGAAAACGGAGGGCGGCACACACAGCGCCGAGGUGGGGGAAGUGACACCGAGUGGGAAGCGGGCCGAACUGGACAUGGGGGUCGAUACGGUUGAGUGCGGCAUCGCCAAAGACGCGCAAUCUGCCCAGAGACAAAAGGGGCAGAAAGGGAGUGUCCAUGGGGAGAGCCACAAAAGGGAGAGCGGCCUGACCGAUGACCAGCGGUCCGAUCGGAAGAAGAGCCAAGGACAGAGUGAGAUCCCCACCCCACGCAGCGAUGUCGAAUUUCACAAACUGUACGAAAGCGACGACAACAAUAUUGUGUCCCCACGGAAUAGCUCCACUAGUGAGUCCCUAAAAAAAGAAGAGCUAGACAAAGAGAGCAAAAAGAAAAAAAAAAACAACAAUAACGACAAUAACAAGAACAACCACCGCAACAACAUGAUGCUUAACACAACAAUGCUGCAGUCAUACAUUAACAGAAGCUACGACAAAGUAUCGAGUGCUUUUAUUAAAACUUCUAAAUCGUUGCUGAAGAGAACAAGUAACAUUGGCUACUCCGAGAGGGGAAGAGAUGUAAAAGGGGGCAGCUCCGACGGGGUCGAUGCGGGAAGUAAAGUUGAAAAGGCCAGGGCAAGGCUGCUGAGAAGUUGCCUUACCGGGACGGAGAAGCGGGUGGAAACGCACGCGGCAGGUGAUAAGGAGAGUGCAUCGGAUGACCUCUCCGCCUGCCAUGAGCCCGACGAAAAUGACUUCUUCACCGACAACUUCGAUUUGAUAAAUAAAACGUUAAGGGAAGAUAACAGAUGGGGGGAGGAAAAUAAGGAGCGUAUGAUGGGAAAGUGCAAGAACCUACUAAAUGGCAAUGAUGCAGCGAAGCUAUAUAACAAAAUCGAUGACCUCUACGAGGAGAGGAUCCUACUCGUCAAAUAUAUUAACUACUACAUGGAUAUAAAUGAGAAACAUCAACGUGAGUUGCAGAAGAUCCAAACAUCGUACGACAUUUUGCUCACAGAGAAUGAGCAGCUCAGUCAGAACAACAUCACGCUGAAGAGGCACAUUGAUUUGUUGCGCACUGGGGACACGCGCGCGCAGGAGUGA